UUUCCCCUCCCCUCCCCACACAGAAAAAGAAAAAAAAGUCGCGACACGAGUCAACGACCUCCCCCUCCUCUCUCUCACUCCAGCCCAGCCCAGGCCAGGCCGGCGGCGAUCGCGGAGGGGCGAUGGUGAGGGGCGGGAGCAUGCGCCGGCCCUCGCUGGCGGCGGUCUCGGAGCCCGCGGCGCCGGAGUUCACCCUGUCGGCGGACGACUACAGGCUCAUGGAGGAGGUGGGCUUCGGCGCCAACGCCGUCGUCUACCGCGCCAUCUUCCUCCCCGCCAACCGCACAAUCGCCGUCAAGUGCCUCGACCUCGACCGAAUCAACAGUAACCUCGAUGAUGUUCGCAAGGAGGCUCAGAUUAUGAAAUUGAUAGAUCAUCCUAAUGUCAUCAAGGCUUAUUGCUCAUUUGUUGUCGAUCACAACCUUUGGGUCAUAAUGCCAUUCAUGGCAGAGGGUUCAUGUUUACACCUAAUGAAGGUCGCACAUCCUGAUGGCCUGGAGGAGCCUGUUAUCUGCUCUAUUCUUAAAGAAACACUCAAGGCUCUGGCUUACCUCCAUGGCCAAGGACAUAUCCACCGAGAUGUUAAGGCGGGCAAUAUCCUUGUUGAUAGCCCUGGUGUAGUGAAGCUUGGGGACUUUGGUGUAUCUGCUUGCUUGUUUGACAGAGGCGAUAGGCAAAGAUCCAGGAAUACGUUUGUGGGAACACCGUGCUGGAUGGCUCCAGAGGUUCUCCAGCCUGGAACCGGUUAUAAUUUCAAAGCUGAUAUAUGGUCAUUUGGAAUAACUGCACUGGAGCUUGCACAUGGCCACGCUCCCUUCUCUAAGUACCCUCCCAUGAAGGUUCUUCUCAUGACCCUUCAGAAUGCACCACCAGGUCUUGACUAUGACCGCGAUAGAAAAUUCUCAAAGUCUUUCAAGGAAAUGGUUGCAAUGUGCUUGGUAAAAGAUCAAACUAAGCGGCCAACAGCUGAGAAGUUACUAAAGCAUUCGUUUUUCAAGAACACAAAGGCCCCACAGCUGACAGUUAAGAGCAUCUUAACCGAUUUGCCCCCUCUGUGGGAUCGUGUGAAGGCACUCCAGCAAAAAGAUGCAGCACACCUGGCUUCAUCUGAACAGGAAGCACUUUCCAUGAGUGAGUAUCAACGAGGUGUCAGCGCAUGGCACUUUGAUAUUGAGGAUCUCAAGGCUCAAGCAUUACUGAUUAAUGAUGACGAUCCACCUGAAUUGAAGGAAGAUGAUGACAGUGUCCGAAUAAAUGAAGUUGACAAGGGCACAUCUUUUGAGAGUCAUUUUGGACAAUCAACGCUUCUGAAUGGAAAUACCCACAGGUUGAAUCAUGAACGAACUUGUACCACUGCAGUAAAUCCAGGUGGAAAUGGCCCUGAAACAAGUGAUGAAUUUGCUUCUGACCUUGGCAAUGCUGAUAGUCCAAGGAUGGUUGAUGGACACAUAAAGCAAGGAACAGAAAAUGAUUCAUUGUCCUCUACAUCGAAGCAAGGUUCUGAGGGUGGAAACCGCAGGAGUGAAGUUAGACAAAGACAAAGGACAUUCUCUGGUCCGGUUAUGUAUUCUGGUACCCGCAGUAGUUCACUCAUUGAAAGAGGUUAUAUUAUUGAUAAGGAUGCAGGAGUUCAAUCACCUAAUAAACAAAAGAGUGACACGGGAAGAAUCGAUGAUCUUAGUGGUCCGCUUUCACUUUCAACUCGUGCUUCUGCAAAUAGUCUGUCUGCCCCUAUUCGGUCUUCUGGAGGAUAUGUGGGCUCCUUGGGAGACAAGCCUAGGGUGGAAAUAAAAGGCCGAUUUUCCGUAACAUCUGAAAAUGUGGAUCUGGCGAAGGUUCAGGAAAUUCCAGUGGUCAAAAUUUCACCUAAACCACAGGAGGUAAGAACUCAGGUCUCUACAAUGAAAAGAUCAGCCAGUGUUGGUGCUUGGCCAGUGAAGGCUAAGUCAAUGUCUAAUAGUCAUCAUCGGAAGGAAUUCCGUGACAGCUCAGUAUCUGCAUCAAUUCUGAUUCCCCAUCUUGAAAACCUUGUACAGCAGACCACAUUUCAGCAAGAUAUCAUCACGAACCUAAUGAGUAACUUGCAACAGAAUGAGAAACCCAAUGGGCCGCAGACUAGAGUUCAGACUAUGGUGGGUGAUACAGGGGUUGAAAUGGGCAGUGCUGAGAGAGAACGGAAACUACUUGCUAAAGUAUUUGAAUUACAGUCAAGGAUGAUUUCUUUGACCGACGAGUUGAUUGCAUCAAAGCUGAAGCAUGUUCAGCUGCAAGAAGAGCUAAAUACACUCUACUGCCAAGAAGAAACAGGCGACACAGGAGAGGAUGACAGCGGAGAGGCAUGAGAGGGCGAUGCACCUUAAUUUCAGUGGUACAAGGAGUAUUCUCAAUAAUAUAAUAAUCUAGGUGCCCUGGGUCGUGCAUCGAGGCUUUGAGUUGCCGCCUGCUUCCUGAACAAGGCAGGCGUUUUGUGGUGGAGUGUUGGUGAGAGGAAGCAAUAUAAUGUCUUGGAAACCCUAGAUGAUUCGGAAGCAGAGUGAGAGAGAGAGGCUGUUGGAGGCAUAGCAGGAGAAUAUAUAUACAUGCUGGUUGGUUGAUGGUCUAGUUGGAGGGAGUCAGUGAUUUUAUCUUGUUGCUAUCUGUCUGUGUGUGUGUGUGUGUCUGUACAUAGGACGGAGUAUCUAUCUAUCAACAGUAGUAGUUAGCAGCAUCUGUAGCUAGCUAGUAUGGUUUGGUUUGGUUUGGUUCAACUGACUGAAGUGGACUUGCGGUAUCCAUUCAUUUUGAUUUGGCCGCGCUGCUGCUUAUCACUGGGACUGGGAGGGAUGGAUGCAGAAAAGUGGUACGAGAAUGAAUAAUAAUUGGAAGUCUGGAAUGUACUCCCUCUGUAAACUAAUAUAAGAGUGUUUAGAUAACUAAAGUAUGUAUUUAUACUAGAUAUCAUCAUCAUCAUAUUUAUAUAUCCAAAUAAGUAAGGGAAAGGAUUUGGAAUAAAGGACAAGUUGGUUGAAUA